UCAGUCUCUCUCUUCUGCAACUCUCUCUUUCUCUCUUCUGCAACCUCCUCUUUCACCACCUCUAGACCACCAAAUGGCGAGCUGCGAGCAUCGAUAGACUCGUCUCUUCCUCCUUAUCACGCAUGUGGGAGUUGUUUACGACGAUUUGGCCGGAAAUGUGGAGAUCGAAGCCAACAUUUUUACUGUAGCAAAUUAGUCAACGCCGAUUUCCGGCCACCUCCAGUCAUAAACCCAGGUCCAUUAGAAGCGCCUUAAGCCGCUCUUCAUGCUCGCCAAGUCUCAUAACCCAGAUCGAAGCAUGGAGGAAGAAAGCAUAAUUGGAAAAUUUCACUGUACAUCGGAGUGCUUAAUUGUUCGGCUACUUCAAGGUGAUUGACGGUUUGAGUUGGUGGACGAUUGUGGAUCGUAUUUUGAGCUGAAUUGAAGACGCAGCGGGAUUAUCGAGCGGGUAAUCCUACAGGACAGGAGAACCAGGACGGUGACCGUGCGGUUAGAGCAAUUGUUAGAGUUUUACAGCAAUUGUAAGUUGUGAGGUGUGUUAUGCUCAUUUAGAGCUUUACAAUAUUGCUUGUGAGAGUGAAUUGUAAUAAUGAACUCGAGGUUUCGAGAUUUGGAGUUUGUGUACCUUGUGGUGAGAUUAUAUUGAGAAAAAAAUUCAGAACGUUUAUUUGAUUAAGUGGUUUAAUUCAUGUUUCGGAUUUGAAUUUAUUAUUCAAAAUUCGGGGCGUGACAGAGAGAGAGUAGCUCAAUCUGGUACGAGCUGGCAUACGGGGAGGCGAAGGGCCGGGUCGGGCGGGGUGAUCGGAUUCGUCCUCCGGUUCCGGAGCUGCCAUGCAGAGAGAGAGAAGAUCGGAGAAUCAGGGGAUGAGAGAGAGUGUGUGGCAUGGUAGUAGUUUUUUAAUUAGAUUGAGGGCAGAAUAGUCAUUUUAUUUUAAAUUUGGUUAGUGGAAAUAAAAAUCUGUUCUUAGAGUAGUGAGAUAAUUUUUACUUGUCUUGGUGUUUUGAGUUCUAGGACCCUAAUUCCAAUUUGUAAGUCAAUUGUUGAAUAUAAACGUACUGGGACUACUGGUGACUGGUUGAAAGGGAAGUAAUUAUAACUAUACUAAAGCGCAAACGGAGUGACGAGAAACGAAAUGAACAGUGGCAGCACCUUUUUGCCCUUCUUUGUUUAUAGGAAUUGCAUAGGCCACCUGUUGCUUUGCUGAGAUACCACCACUCCUUCAUGUAUCGCGUGCCUUCAUUUCAGCAGAAACAGAUGCUCUGAGAGAGAUAGAAAGGUGUUUGUUUGGGAACUUUGGGUUGUCUGCAUGAUCUGUAUCACCACAACGUUCACCACACGUAUCCAGCAAAAAAAGGAUUCCUUACACGUAUCACCACAACGUUCACCAGUGCUUACACGUAUCUGCAACACCUUCACCAGCUCUUACACGUAUAAUUCAAUCACUCAAUUGAGCUCUUAUACAUAUGAUCUUUAACAAACGCUUCCAUACUAAAUCGCUCAAUUCAGCUCUCACCUGGAAAUAGAGACGUGACGGAGCUCAUACCAAGAAAGGAACUCAUGGCAAUACGCACUGUUCGAAUUCGUGACAUUGAACCAUGCCAAAACAACAUCCAAAUCAGAGUCAGUGUAUGCAGGCGUUGGGAAUCAAAAAAAUACAAACCUGUGGAAAAAAAUGAAGGCCUCCAAUUUAUAUUGGUGGAUGAAAUGAAUGAUGCAAUCCACGGAUUCAUAAGACAAGAGAACUGCGAACUACUGGCAUCCAACAUUGUCCAAGGAAAUAUAUAUGAAAUCAGCCGCUUCUUUACAAGCUACAGCCAGCCAGGCUACAAAAUAGUACCACACCCUGCACGGAAAGGUUAUUAAGCACAGAUCCAUAUCACUGGCAAGACCAUUAUUAAACACAUUCAAGAAUUACCAGCCUCUAUUCCACUACAUCGCUUCUACUUGAUCGACUACAGUCUUCUUGCUAGCCGUUCAAAGAACGAAAUCCUCUCAGACAUUUUCGGUAGAAUCAAAAUUAUUCAACCUCCUGAAGAGACUGACAUCUGACAACCGAGUCACGUUGCGAUGUGAUAUCUACAUGCAGAAUAUACGAAAAGAAGAUGUACAAGUCACUUUGUGGGGAGACGUUGCACGCACAAUUGAUAUUAAUGCUAUCAGGACAACGCCUGCACCUGUACUUGCGGUUUUUACAAGCCUUAAAGUUAACAAAUAUCAUGACAAAAUUGCACUAUCAAACACAGGGAACACUUUCUUUUUCCUGAAUCCGGAUAUGAAGGAGGCUGAGGACUACAAACAAUACUUUGGCGAACCUCAUCAUGCUGCACACAUCUUAUCAACCCGACCCAAACAACCAAGGACUCCGGCAGAGUUACAGGCUGUCAAACAGAUGUCUGUCUCAGAUUUAAACAUCUGUGAUCCAAACAACUAUAAGAAUAAAACGGUAUAUUGCACAGCGAAAAUAGGCAAAUUUGUGCCAGAAGAAAGGUGGUUCUAUUUGGCUUGCCCAAAAUGCUUCAAGGAAAUGAGGAAAAAGCCACAAAGCCAAUUACUAAUCUGUGCAGAACAUGAUAUGCAGCAACCUCUUUACAGAUUCAUAGUAACUGCAUUGAUAAAUGAUGAGACUGAUGAGGCAUCAACCAUCAUAAAGGGGAAACAGGCGGAAGAACUAUUUGGUACGACAUGUGAGGACCUCAUCCUCAACAAAAAUCUUGACAAUCCAAAUAUACUACCACCAGAAAUUCUCCGAAUAGAGGGCCAAAUCAAACUCCUGCAACUUGAAAUAGGCACUACACAAAACGUGAUUGUCAAGGGAAUCCAUGAAGAUAUUCGUGGACUGAAUCCAACACAGAGAAUUCAGCCCUCGAGCUCAACAGCCGACAACAUCCAGCCCUCAAGCUGACAAAGUUUCAACAACAAAAAAAAGGAACAUUCAAUCGUCCAACAAGCAAUCCAACCAAAAAUCUCAAAAUGGCUGACAUCCUUACAAAUUCACUUGAAGACUCAUUUGGAGACUCAUUGGAAGACUUCAUGUAAAUGCUACCUGUCUUCACAUGUUUCGGCCAAGCCUAACCAUUUUUGGCACAAUGUACAUAAACAACUACUUGGUUAGCAUGCAUAUUUUUGGAAAUCUGGCUAAAUACCACAUUUGCAAUCUGCAAAAGGCACCAGAUUUUUGGUUAGCAUCUAUAGCCUUUAACAUCUCCCUGUAAUGUAGUUUCAAUGUAAUAUAUCUAUAACGUAAAACAAUGUGUUUCAAUGUAAUAUAUCUAUAACGUAAAACAAUGUGUAAUAUAGUUUUACUAUAUCCAACAUAUUUGCAACGUAGUUUUAAUGUAAAAUUCAACCAUAUCAAUAGUAUACCCGCAGCACCGCGCGGGCCUUCUGC